GGGAAUUGCAACUGGUGCGGUACAUCGUUUGCACGUUGGUAUGCUGGUAUCUCAGGAAAAUGUCGAUGAGUAUGACUUUGACUCCUCAGAUGAAGAAGAUGUGAGAAAUACAGUUGGAAACAUACCUCUGCAGUGGUAUGAUUCCCUGGGCCAUAUCGGAUAUGAUACUUCUGGUAGACCGAUCAUGAAACCAGAUGUUUACAGUGGAAAAUCUGAUGCUAUUGAUGAGUUUCUGCGUAAAACUGAUACCGUGGGUGGUGAGUCAGGCGUAGAAUGGCGUUCCGUACGCGAUCCACUGACAGGGCAGUUAGUGGUGUUAAGUGAUCGUGACUUGGAGAUCGUUCAUAAGACAGUCAAGGGCGAAGGCGUAACAGUUGAUUCUAAAGAAGAACUUUUCAAGGAGUGGGAAGAAUGGUUUACUAGGGAUGUUAUGCAAAUGCCUCUUACAGCUCAUCCUCCACAAAAGAGAAGCUUUAUUCCGUCUCUUCUGGAUAAAAGACGUGUUGGUAGGAUGGUUCACGCCAUUAAAAAUGGUUGGCUAGUUCCAAAAUUACCAUCAUGGGCAUUAAGUGAUCCAAACAAUCCAGAAGAACUUCAGAGAUACGCAGCUUACAUGACUUCAGGAAAUCCAGACGUGCUAGAUGCGGAUUAUGAUGAAGAACCUCUGAGUUUUAGUUCGUUUGAUAUAUCAUCAUAUGUUUUUCCGGAUGUCUGGAACGAUCAAGACAAUGAAAGCAAUCAAUUAGAUACACCAACGGACUCAUGGCGAUCAAAGCUACCAAUGCUUGCUUCAGACUAUCGACCACAGAGACCACGUCCAUACCAAAAGGCUGCAGAAGAACCUCUGCCCGGCCAUAUAGCUUCUUAUAAUCCGCCUCCGGAAUUUAUACUUUCAAAAGACGAAGAGAAAAAAGUUAUGAAAGCUUGGCGAGAACGAGUCCAAGAUGGACAUGUUUCACGUGUUCCCCCGCAAAUGCCUCGCAAGUUUUCAUGCUUAAGACAUGUACCGUUUUCUGAACGUUAUCUUCGUGAGCGUGAAGAACGUGUCAAAGACUUGAUUAUGGCUACACGUUUUGAAAAACAACGAGUUUCAACAACUCCUGACGCUAUGCUACCGCCUAUACCGAGUCUUUCACAGUUGCGACCGUAUCCAAGUCAUAUGGGUUUGCAAUACAGUGGUCAUUCAGGACGUGUGACUGCGCUAUCAGUUUCACCGUGUGGACAAUGGCUUGCAAGCAUAUCUCCUUCGGAUGGUUAUUUACGUGUUUGGGAGACUUCAACAAAUUAUUGCUUCCGAGUUUAUCGUCUUACCACUCCAUGUGCAAGAGAAAAGCCGAAAUCAAAGAAGGAGAUUAUCGCUACAUCAAAGUCUAGUCAUAUAGACUUGGCAUUAGAUCCUGAGGAAGCGGGUCAACCUAGUGAUGAUGAAGAAAGCUGGUCUCCAUCUUCUCCUUCAGCUACUGUCGCCUGGAAUCCCAAUCCUGAGUUGCAUCUUUUGGCUGCAGCAAUUGGUACGCAACUGUUCAUAAUUAAUCCAGCUUUGGGUGAUCGUGUUCGUGUUUCGCACACUGAAACAAAUCUCUUACAGUGGUGGUCAAAUAUGAAUGCUAAUUCUGAUGAUAUAACUGUUCUGACGGAUAAUGGAGAUUUGAUUUCUGAAGAAGCUGAGAAAGAUGUGCCAACAAAACGAUUUCGAUCUGAUGGUACCAUGGAAGUUGAUGGUGAUGAUGAAACUGAAGUUGACGUGAAAUCUAAGGCUAAAUGGACAAUUAAAAUACCGCCUCAGAAUACUGGCAAGGUGGCUACAUGCAAAACACUUGAACGUCAUCGGAUAAUUAUCACUGUGACUGAUCCUAUAGUUAGUUUGGACUGGCAUCCGAAAGGUGAUUAUCUUCUCACUCUAUCUCGUCCACUUCUUUCAUCUCUUAUUCGUUCACGAUCAGCUAAACGAUUAUUACUUCAUCGAUUAUCUAAAAUGUCUAGUCAAGCUCCAUUCUCUGAUACUGGUCGACCUGUGGAAUGGAAACAGGCAGCUUUUCAUCCAACUGGUAAACCACAUCUAUUUGUUGCUAGUGCACGAGCAGUACAUGUAUAUGAUCUAGUUGAACAAAAGGAGUUGCGUUGUUUACGAUUGGAGAGUUCAUCGAAUUUUGUCAGUUCAAUGGCUUUGCAUCCAUCAGGUGAACAUUUAGUUGUUGGUACUUAUGAUAGUCGUUUCAAUUGGUUCGAUAUUGAAUUGGGUAGUGUUCCUUUCAAAAAGCUACAGCUUAAUCAUGGUUCUAUUCGACAGUUAUCAGUUCAUCUUCGUCGUCCAUUGGUUUCUGUUGCACUGAGUGAUGGUACACUUCUUAUCAUUUAUGGGAAGGUAAUCGAUGAUCUCUUGUCAAAGCCAAUUGUAAUUCCUGUUCAACUGAUUCGUACUGGACAACCGACUAAUCAGUCGAAUGUAUUCGCCACUGUCUUUCAUCCACGUCAACCGCAUGUGUAUAGUGGCGGAGAAGAUGGAAGUGUUAGACAGUUUGUUGCAUGGAAAUGAUUCAUUAUUUAUAUGUAAUUAUUUUUUUCAUAAUAACCUGUGUAGAGGUAUUAAAAUUGUAUAUAAAUAAACAUUAUAU